GCGCGUUGCAUUGUGUGCGCCAGAAGCAAAGCAAAGGGUUGGCGAAGCGCGCGCUUGCUCCUGGCUGAAGGCACACGGUAGCGGGCUAGGAGCAGCGCGCGCUCCCGGAGCCUCCCGCCUGGUGUAGGCACAACGCUGGCUCCGCUACAGGCAAGUCAGAGGCGGCGGCGGAGGAGGAAAAGGCGGAGGGAACCUAGCCGGCGCCAUGGAGGAGCUGAGCAGCGUGGGAGAGCAGGUCUUCGCCGCCGAGUGCAUCCUCAGCAAGCGACUUCGCAAGGGCAAGCUGGAAUAUUUGGUGAAGUGGAGAGGCUGGUCUUCCAAGCACAACAGCUGGGAACCUGAAGAGAACAUUCUUGAUCCCAGACUUCUGCUGGCCUUUCAGAAGAAAGAACAUGAAAAAGAGGUCCAAAAUCGGAAGAAAGGCAAAAGACCAAGAGGCAGGCCCAGGAAAAAUGUUGAACCUGAGGUGCCACCAAAGAGCAAAUCCAGCAGCUCCUCUUCAUCAACCACCUCUUCAUCUUCCUCUUCUGAUGAAGAGGAUGAAAGUGACAUUGAUACCAAGAGAGGUCAACGGAGUAGAGAGAGUCACCCAGUGCCACAAAAGAAAGCUCAGAUUCUGGUUGCCAAGCCUGACAACAAGGAUGCUCUUAGGAAGAAGCGAGGGCGGAAACCAAUACCUCCAGAGCAGAAGGCUGCAAAGAGGACCAUCAACCUAACGAAAGUCCUGAAAACUGAUCGGAAAGAGAUGGGGGGAGGAGGUCCCAAGCUGAUGAGCAAGAUACAACCACAGCAUAGUGCUCAGAGUUCUGGCAUUGCCAUGCUUAAAUCCCACAUGAAGGAAGCUCAGGGUGCAUUUGGUGGGUUUUGUUCUGGAGCAUCUUCUGCUGACAGCCUUUCUAAUAUUGUGAAAGCUAACUCACCUGGAAGCCCAAACUGUAGUAUCAGUUGGCAGAGCUCCAUUGUACAUUAUAUGAGCAGGAUGUCACAGAACCAGAGUUCAACAGAUGCUUCAGCUGUGGGAAGACUGAUGCUCAAGUCAGCUGUGUCCUGCAAGAGUGGCUCAGGACUGGAUUUAAAACUGAAAAACCAGAAAAGUGCUGGAGAUCUGGAGUUAACUGGUCAAGGGUCUAAAGUGACCAAAAGACCUAGUGGCAAUGCAUUUGGGGAACAGAAAACAGGGUUUGGUGCUGGUGCUCAGAAUUUGCACAAUGGUAGCAAGAUUCCUGCCAGCUCUCCCAGCAGCCAGCUAGCUUCCAAUCAGGAGCUCAGUCUCCAAGCUUUAAAUCUACAGAGUGUGAAAAACGGACCAAAUUCCACUGGCGGGAGCAUCCUUCCUCGGCAUGCUUGUGGGUCAGUGGCCAAAAGUGCUGGCAGCACCACAGCUAUGAGCACUGCAGCGUCCAAAGGCAGUGGGCCAACCAUUGGACUGAACACUGCAAAUUCAGAUGCAGAUGCUCACAAAAGUGAGAAGCCAGCACAAAGAACAGCUGCCAGUGAGAAAGAUUUGACUACAAAAAGCACUGCCACAGGUGCACAGGAGGGCUGUACCGCAGCAGAAAACCACAAAACAUCAACCCCAUCAGAAAUGAGCACUGGAGAAGAGGAAACUACCUCUGAUUCAGACAGAGAUUCUGCUUCUUUCCCUGGAGCAGGCCAGAAUAUGUCUGUCUCCAUCCAGACUAGCCAGGAUUGGAAGCCCACUCGCAGUCUCAUUGAACAUGUCUUUGUCACAGAUGUGACAGCUAAUUUGAUCACAGUGACAGUUAAGGAAUCCCCAACCAGUGUUGGCUUUUUUAAUCUUCGUCAUUACUGAAACAUGUAGGGGUCCGGUUUUUCUCCUUCCACCUUUUUCACUGACUGACUGUUGCGUUGGAUGCCAGAAGGGGAGACUUAACUUGGCUAUGCUUACCCUUAAUAAGCUGUGUUCUAGUAAGUGGUGAACCUGCAUUGAGACAAUGUACAUUUGUUGAUUCUGAGAGCUUGUGGGUUCUGCUAAUUUGUGGAAACUCCUUGAAGACUAGAGAGUUCUUCUUGGGAGACAACUAGUUAUGCAGCUGCCAAAAGAAAAAAAAGCAGGGCUGAGGAUUCUUUUUCACAAGGACGGGCUUUAGUUGAAAUCAGCCAAUAUAGAGGAGGCUUACUAGCCCAGGUAUUACUGUACUUGGAUUUCUUAGCUUUAUGGUUUGAAAUGGCAAAAAAACUCCAUCUACCUGGUAAGUUUGUAGAGAAGGAUUCUAAAGACAAACUUCUACUAUUGCAGUGUUUUAUUCACAAAAACUAAUUCUUCCAUUAAAUAAUAUCUGAACCUGUUGAGCUUGGGACAGUGAAACUCAGUCUAAACUUGAACAAGAAUCUGAACAUUUAGGCGACUACAAAAGGACUGUGUGAAAUGGGAAUAUUGUUUACAUUUCCUCAAGUCUGCUUUGCUUUGGAAGCUAAAAGGAAAGAGGACAUUGCCCUCAGCUUUGGGGGGCUGGGCCUAGAAACUUUAGGUGCUAUUGGCUAUAAAGUGAAACUGUCUAUUUGCAGUUUCCAAUGUCUCAGAUUGAUCAUUUGCCGCUUUUAGCAUCAGUGCUAUCUGUUAACCCUUGUACUGGAGCAUGCAAGAAAUUGUUUGAAAAAACAAAGUCUUGGAAUGCUCCCAGAACAAAGUCCACCCAUGACACAGCAACCUUUUUCACCUACCAGGUGCCAGCAUACACUCUCUGCCUUCCUCCCCAUUAUCACCGUUGUGAAUACACAUGUUAUAGUUAUAGAUCUGUAACUAAGAGAUGUCAAAUGGAAAGUACUUCUGCUUAAAAUUGUAUACAAUCACUUAUAACAAUGCUGCAUACAGGGGUUUUCCAUGCACUGGGAAACUAUGACCCAUGGUGCCUUCCCAGGAUGCAUUUAAGUAAACAAAAACCUUACACACAUGCUAACACUUUAUAUGUAGGCUGCAUGCUAUAUCUUACACUGAAAUGGUAUCCCUGUUGAAAUUUUGCAUGUGAAGCUGCCCUGAGGUUUUAAUACAGAGGAGGCUAUACAAACAUGCCCUCUUUCUGUUUAGUGUGGAGCUGCUAUAGCUGCCUGAUUUGUAAUAAAAGAUAGUAACCUAA